AUGUCUAAUGAGGAUUAUGUAGAUGACACCAAUAAUAUUGACGGGUUUUACGGAAAUUUGGAGAAUCCCUUGAGAAACGAUGAUGAGCUCCUGGACGAUGAUAUCUUCAUGGAUGCUAACUUGGCAAAUGCAGAAGUUGGUGCUUCUGAACCCAAUGAAGGUGCCCAUUUUGAUCAAUUGAAUGAAUCUUAUAAUAUUGACGGGUGGGAGGACAUAGGAAAGACGGAGUUCUUGAAUAUUGUAGAUGUUGAUAUAAAAAGAUAUCAUUUCAGUGAUCUAGGAGUGGCUUUUGAUUUCUACAAUGCAUUUGCCAAGUCAAGGGGAUUUAGUGGUCGAAAAAGUAAGACGCGAAAGCACAAUGGGAUAAUCAAUCGACAGAAUUUUGUUUGUUGUCGCGAGGGCUUCCGACGAAAAAAGGCAGAUAAUACGCAGACCAGAAAACAAGAGCCUAGAGCUGAAACUAGGUGUGGCUGUAUGGCAAAGCUUCAGGUGUCAUUUGAUGUUGUUAGUGGUCGCUGGAUUGUUUCAAAAUUUUCUGAUUUGCAUAAUCACGACCUUCUUCCUCCAAUUUUUACUGCAAUGCUUCCUGGUCACAAAAAAAUACCUGCUGCAGACAUUGAGCAAAUAAAUAUAAUGAGGAAAGGUGGAUUAGGCACUGCACAUAUUUUUACAGCACUCUCAAGCCAAUCUGGUGGUCACCACAAUGUUCCCUUUUUGCCCAGGGACUUGUACAAUCAAGUCGCACAGCAACGUCGACGAUUGAAGGGUGAUGCUAGUGCAGCUCUUCAAUUUUUGAGGAAGAGGAAGUCCAUUGAUCUUGUCAUGGUUAUAAGAUAUGAGGUUGAUAGGCUUCACUCGAUAAAUAAUUUAUUUUGGUGUGAUGGAAUAAGCCAAAUGGAUUAUCAAUUGUUUAGUGAUGUAUUGGCUUUUGACCCUACUUACAAGAAGAACAAAUAUCAUUGUCCGCUUGUCGUUUUUUCGGGUGUUAAUAACCAUAAUCGCACAGUUGUCUUUGCGGCCGCUCUUGUGUGUGAUGAGUCAGAGCAAACAUAUAUUUGGUUGUUAAAAAGUUUGCUAGAAGCAAUGAAGGGGAAGGCCCCAAUUUCAGUUAUCACAGAUGGUGCCCUUUCAAUGAAAAAUGCAAUCGAAAAAGUUUUUCCUAAUGCACAUCAUCGCCUAUGUGCUUGGCACCUUAUUCACAAUGCCACGAGUAAUGUAGGUAAUCUUAGGUUCACAUCGCAGUUUAAGAAGUGCAUGCUGGGUGAUUACGAGGUUGGUGUAUUCCGUAGUAAGUGGGAUCGGAUGGUUGAAGAGUUUGAUGUGCAAGACAAGCAAUGGAUAAUUGACAUGUAUGAUAACCGUCAUAGUUGGGCAACGGCACAUAUUCGUGGGAAGUUCUUUGCUGGGUUUAGGACCACUUCUCGAUGUGAGGGAUUGCACUCAGUUAUUGCAAAGUAUGUCAAAUCCAGGUAUAAUUUAAGAGAUUUUGUAGAGCACUUUGAUAGAUGUGUUGCCUACAUUCGUUUCAAAGAUAGUCUAGCAGACUUUGAAUGUGCAUAUGGAGUACCCGUGAUGCAAACUCAUUUAUUAUCAUUGGAGAAGUCUGCAGCUAAUUUAUAUACAAGAGAGGUAUUUUUUCUAUUUCGCCCUAUUAUUAUAAGGUCUGGUUCAAUGAAAGUGUUAGAUUGCAUUGAUGUUGGUUCUUAUAUGUUAUACACGGUGGUUAAGUAUGGUAGUCCUAACGAUACAUGGCGAGUAUCUUUUUGUGAUUUAUCAAUGGAGUUUACUUGCUCCUGUAUGAGGAUGGAGUCAUUUGGCAUUCCUUGCGAACACAUUCUAUCUGUUUUAGUUACACUUGACAUUUGUGAAUUGCCAAAAUGUUUAGUUUUAGAUAGGUGGACCAAAAAUGUAAAACAACAAAUACAAGAUACAAGGGGGUUCACUUGGGAUUGCUUAAAGUCUACCCAAUACUGGUGUUUGAUGGACUGGUUUAGAUUGGUGGCUACACUAUCAGCAGGUAAAGAUGAUAGGUUCAGGAGCAUGAGGGAUUGGGCGAUAAACACAGUGGAUAAAAUGAAAGCUGAUGAUAUUGCUAGUGUAGUUGCUUCUAGUAGUACAAUUCCUGCCACUUAUACAGAUCCUCGUGACCCCCCAAUUCGUAGAAGAGCCAAGGAUCGUGCUGGACAACGGUGUAGUAUAUGCCGCGAGCUCGGACAUAACAAAACUACAUGUCCAGAUCGGAGUAAGUAUGAUGGGGGUUCACAUGAAAUGCAUAGUCUACUUACAGAUGAUGAUGCAUAUGAGGCUAUGUGGGAUGAGGAAAAAGACUUCAUUUAUGAGGAAGAUGAAGGUGAAUGUGCGAUAAAUUCUAGUUCUAAAUCUAGCAGAGAUCAAGAUAUGGAGAUAGAUGACUCUAAUUAUGAAUUUGGAAAUGAGGACGAUGGAGCCAAUGAAAUUAAUUAG